AUGAGUGUAAUUCAAAAGGAAACCAUUGAAGUCACAGCCCAGAGCAUUGGUAUCACCAACUUAUCCCAAGAUGCGGCUCUUGCUCUUGCUCCCGAUGUUGAAUAUCGGUUGCGUGAAAUCAUGCAGGAAGCAAUCAAAUGCAUGCGACAUUCAAAGAGAAACUUGUUGACUGUGGAUGAUGUUGAUAGCGCGCUUAAGCUAAGAAAUGUUGAGCCAGUUUAUGGUUUUGCUUCUGGGGAUCCUUUACGGUUCAGAAGAGCUCUUGGACAUAAGGACUUGUUCUAUGUUGAUGACAAAGAUGUGGAUCUGAAAGAUGUUAUUGAAGCUCCGUUACCAAAGGCACCAUUGGACACUUCAGUUGUUUGUCACUGGCUGGCUAUUGAAGGUGUGCAACCUGCUAUACCAGAAAAUGCUCCAGUGAAAGUAAUUGGUCCUCCUGAAACAAAACAGCUGGAGCCGAAGGAAGACGGACUUCCUGUCGACAUAAAGUUACCUGUUAAACAUGUCUUGUCCCGGGAACUCCAAUUAUAUUUUGAUAAAGUAACUGAGCUAACAGUUAGUAAAUCCGAUUCAGCACUUUUCAAAGAAGCUUUGGUUAGUUUGGCAACAGACUCUGGGCUUCAUCCUUUGGUUCCUUAUUUCACAUGCUUCAUUGCAGAUGAGGUGGCUCGUGGUUUGAGCAGUUUCCCAUUACUUUUUGCUCUGAUGCGUCUUGUCUGUAGCCUGCUCCGCAAUCCUCAUAUCCACGUGGAACCUUAUCUCCAUCAGCUGAUGCCAUCAGUUGUCACUUGCCUUGUUGCCAAGCGGCUGGGAAAUCGAUUAGCUGAUAACCACUGGGAACUAAGAGACUUCACUGCAACUAUCAUUGCCUCAAUAUGCAGACGGUUUGCCCAUGUGUACAAUAGUCUUCAAACACGAUUAACCAAAACGUUGCUUUCUGCGUUUCUGGAUACGAAACGUGCACUACCACAACACUAUGGUGCUAUUCAAGGAUUAGCUGCCCUUGGGCCAAAUGUGGUCCGACUCCUUAUAUUGCCAAACUUGGAAACAUAUCUAAGACUUCUAGAGCCAGAGAUGCUGCUUGAAACGCAGAAAAACGAGAUUAAAAGACAUGAAGCUUGGCGUGUGUAUGGGGCCUUGCUGAGCGCUGCUGGCAAAUGCAUAUAUGACAAGCUGAAGAUAUUUCCGAUAUUGCCAUCACCUCUUGCAAGAAAUGUUAGGAAGUCAAACGCCAGGAUUGUAGAUUCACGUGGAUCCUAUAAAUGUAAGAGGCCUGACGUGCCGUUGGAGGAGCAGCCACCCUUGAAGAAAAAUGAAAAUCACGGUUCUGUAGUUCAAUUACCUAACAAUUCUGCUGAAAUGGAAAUUGAACGAAACACUGCUCCUUCAGGGGAAUCUGGUUCAGCCUCAUCACAUGCUCAAGAGAUAGAGGAUGUUCCAUUGAAGAGCAACUCUUCUGAGAUGGAAAUUGGACAAAAUGCUGCUUCUUUAGGUGAUUCUGGUGCGGGCUCAUCACGUGCUCAAGAAACUCAGACCGUUUCAUCUAAGAACAACUCUUCUGAAAUGGAAACUGAACAAAAUGCUGCUCCAUUAGGUGAUUCUGGUUCAGGCUCGUUACGAGCUCAAGAGAUUGAGGGCGUUGCAUCGAAGAACAAUUCUACUGAAAUGGAAAUUGAACAAAAUGCUGCUCCUAUCAGUGAUCCUGGUGUAGGCUCAUCACGUGCUCAAGCGAUUCAGGUUGUUUCAUCGAAGAAUAACUCUUCUGAAAUUGAAACUGAACAAAACGCUGUCCCUUCAGGUGAUUCUGGUGCAGGUUCAUCGCAUGCACAAAGGGUUGAAGACGUUUUGUCGAGAAAAAGGCAAAGAAAACAGAUGGCGGAUAAGCAAAGUUUAAGUACUCGAGUGCUGCUUGAUCGUGCAUGGAAGGACGACUUAGAUUCUGGGCGUCUUUUGGUUAACUUGUUUGAACUAUUUGGAGAAAGUAUAUUUCCAUUUAUCGCAACGCCUGAAAUGGCCUUGUUUUUGUAA